GAACAUAAAGUUUUGCAAUCAUCACAAACACAACGAAAAAAGAGAGCUAAACUAAAAUGGCAGAAACUGCACCGUCCUUGGCCGGUCAGUAUUUGCUUCCUAAGAUUUUGGAAGCUUUGAAAAUGCUUAGAGAUCUCCCAAAAGAAGUUGCAAACAUUACAGAAGAACUUGAGAGCUUUCAAGAUUUCAUAAAUGAUGCAGAUCAAGUGGCUGAAGCUGAAGAAGAUGAUGGUAGGCGUGAUAGAAUCAAAAAAAGGGUGAUGCGGUUGAGAGAAGCAGCUUUCCGCAUGGAAGAUAUCAUCGACGAAUUCUCGAUUCAUGAGGAAAACAAUCCUCACGAUCCUCGAUGUGAAGCUUUACUCUGUGAGGCUGUUGAGUUCAUCAAAACUCGGAUCCUUCAACUUCAAAUAGCAUAUAAGAUUCAGGAUGUGAAAUCACUUGUUUGUGCUGAAAGAGAUGGCUUCCAAAAGCAAUUUCCUUUACCAACAAAACCGAGUGGUUCUAGAGGAAAUCAGAAUGUCACAUGGCACAAGCUUCGAAUGGAUCCUCUCUUUAUUGAGCAAGAUGAGGUUGUGGGCUUUGAGAGUCCAAGACGUACAUUGAAGAAUUGGUUGAUAGAGGGACGAGAAGAGCGCACUGUCAUCUCUGUUGUUGGUUUGGCAGGAGUUGGAAAAACCACUCUUGCUAAGCAAGUUUUUGACAAUGUCCAUAACAACUUCGAGUGCCAUGCAUUGAUCACAGUGUCUCAAUCCUACACUGUAGAAGGACUGCUGAGGGAUAUGUUGCACCAGCUUUGUAAAGAAAACAUGGAGAAUCUUCCUGCAGAUGUUUCUACCAUGGAUCGACGAUCGUUGCUUGAAGAAGUCAGAAAGCAGUUGCACAACAAGAGGUAUGUUGUCAUGUUUGAUGACGUGUGGAAUGAAAAAUUUUGGGAUGAUGUUGAAUAUGCUGUAAUUGAUGAUAAAAAUAAAAGUAGAAUAUUAAUAACAUCCAGAGAUGAGAAGGUUGCAGACUUCUGUAAGAGAUCUUCUUUUACUGAAGUGCAUAAGCUAGAAGAACCUUUAAGUGAAGAAGAAUGUUUUAGAUUGUUCUGUAACAAGGCAUUUAAGUAUGGUUCUGAUGGACGUUGUCCAGAAGAACUUAAAGAUAUAUCUCUUGAAAUUGUUAGGAAGUGUAAAGGUUUACCUCUAGCAAUCGUGGCCAUCGGUGGUCUUUUAUCUCAGAAAGAUUUUUGUGCAGAUGAAUGGGUACUGUUUAGUCAAAAUCUAAGUUUAGAGUUGAAGAGGAAUUCUGCGUUAAAUAGUGUAGCAAGAAUUUUAAGUUUAAGUUAUUAUGAUUUGCCGUACAAUCUCAGAUCAUGUUUAUUGUAUUUUGGAAUGUAUCCUAAGGGCUAUGAAGUUAAAUCUGAUAGAUUAAUUAGGCAAUGGAUAGCUGAAGGGUUUGUCAAAUAUGAAGGGGGAAAAACUUUGGAAGAAGUUGCACAACAAUAUUUAUCAGAGUUGAUCCAUAGAAACUUGGUGCAAGUAUCUUUAUUUACCAUUGAUGGAAAAGUUAAAAGAUGUCGUGUUCAUUUCUCAUUACGUGACAUGAUCCUUGGAAAAAUCAAGGACAGAUGGUUUUGUCGGUACAUUGAUGAGCAUGAUCAAUCAAUGUUGAAUGGGAGCAUUCGACGCCUAACAAUAAAAACAGGUUUCAAUAAUUUAAUUGGAAGAAGCAUAGAAAGAUCACACAUUCGGUCAAUUCUAAUUGUCACAGAAAAAGGAUUAUCUGAACAUUUCAUCAAUAGUAUCCCUGAAAAAUACAUGCUACUAAAGGUACUUGAUUUUGAAGAUGCUCGAUUAUACCAUGUUCCAGAAAACUUGGGAAAUUUAAUCCACUUGAAGUAUUUAAGCUUCAAAAACACACGAGUACAAAGUGUUCCAAAAUCCAUUGGUGAGCUCCAGAACUUGGAGACCUUGGAUGUACGACAAACACGUGUCUUUGAGAUGCCAAAGGAGAUCAACAAGCUUAGAAAGCUGCAUCAUCUUCUAGCUAACUAUAUAUCUUCAAUUCAAUUGAAGGAUAGUCUUGGAGGCAUGACAUCACUAAAAAAGAUACCUUCACUGAUAAUGGAUGAUGAUGGAGGGGUGAUUAGAGAGCUAGGAAAGCUGAAGCAGCUGAGGGGUCUAAGCAUCACUCAUGUAAAGGGAGAACAUGGAAAUGCUCUAUGUUCAUCAAUAAAUGAGAUGCGUCUCUUAGAGAAACUACAUGUUGAUACAAUAGAUAAGAAAGAAGUAAUUGAUCUUCACUUUAUGUCACCCUCAUCAGCACUUAGGAAGCUUUGCCUGAAUGGGAAGUUAACAAAGUUGCCAAAUUGGAUUCCACAGCUCCAAAAUCUUGUGAAGUUGUCCUUGAUGUGUUCCAACUUAACUUAUGAUCCAUUGGAAUCACUAAAAGAUUUGCAAAGUUUGUUGUUCCUCUCUAUCAGCCACCGCGCUUUUGAAGGUGAAACUUUGCAUUUUCAAGAGGGGUGGUUUCUAAGACUUAAGAUACUAGAGCUCAAAUAUUUGUAUAACUUGAAUUCCAUCAUUAUUGAUAGAGGAUCACUGUUUUCCUUGAAAAACCUCCAGUUAUCAGAAAUACCCCAACUCAAGGCAGUACCAUAUGGCAUUCUACAUUUGCAUCGACUUGAGGUUCUGGAUAUUUGGCUUAUGCCAACUGAAUUUGAGCAUAGCAUUGCUCGCAAUGGAGGAAAAGAGCAUUGGAUCAUCCAACAUGUGCCCCGUGUACGUAUUAUUAGCCGAGUUGGUGCAGAAAUUUUGGAAGAACUCUACAAAACAGCAUUUGAAACCAUGAAGCGUCCAACUUUCGAAAUAAAAGAAAUUUCUAAAUUUUUCACCCAGCGCUUGGACCCAGAGCUAAGCGCCAAGAUGAAUUCCUAAGUUCCAGGACCCAGCGCCAGUGAGACACUAUUUUGGAGUGGCAAGUGCCACCAAGUCAAAGUGAUCAACUCAUUUUGCAAUUAAGGGUUUAUUUUGAAUCUUUUGAUCAAAAGAAAUGGCCUUGUGGAAGCCUAGCAAUGGACACAGAAUGAACUGAAGUUUAGAGAGCUGUGAAGCAUUCUUGGAACUUCCAAGUCCUUAGGAUAUGAUUUAUAGCAGCUAUGCAUUUUAUCCAUUCUAUAUUUUCUUGUUUUGUAUUCCUUUUACCAUGUAUAUCUAAGCCCUAGGGUGGAUAAACCUGAAUUGUGUACUAGUGUAAUAUAAAGUCAUUUUUUUAAUGAGUUAA